AUGUCUUCUAUCAGUGAACAAAUCAAGACACAGGCAAUUGUCUGUCGCCCGCCAGAAAAUGGCGAAAGGAAGUGGGUGCUCGAGGAGGUGUCUCUGACGCCUCCAGCAGACGACGAAGUCGUUGUCGAGCUGGUAGCCACCGGGAUCUGUCACACUGACUUUAUCUGUGCUGGCUACGUCAAGUCUACUGGGGCGAAAGUCACCAAAGUCCGAGAGGGUGACAGCGUCCUCCUGUCGUUCUCAUUCUGCAAGCAAUGCCACAAUUGCCAGUUUGGUGCGCCCGGGUUCUGUCAGAAGUGGGGCCUAAUCAACUUCAGCGGUAGUAGAGGCGUCUUUCUAAGCUCGGAAUCAGCCACGCUCGGGGAGGAAAUUGGCGGCUCCUUCUUUGGGCAGUCGAGCUUUGCACGAGUGACCAAAGUAAAAGAGGUCUCUGUCGUCAAAGUCACCGGAAUGCUGAACAGCGACGAUGAAUUGAAAAUCUUGGCACCAUUUGGCUGCGGUAUCCAGACCGGAGCCGGAACGAUCACCGAGCUUGCCAACGCUCAACCGGCUGACAUGGUGGCGAUCAUGGGACUUGGAGCAGUGGGAUUAGCGGCUGUCAUGGGCGCUAAGAUCAGAGGCUGCCGAACCAUAAUCGGCAUUGAUCGGGUUGCAUCGCGUCUCGAGUUGGCGAAGAGCCUCGGGGCGACUCACACCAUAGACACAACUAAUCUCAAAGGCACACUGACGGAGGAAAUACAUGCAAUCACCAAGGGCACCGGGACAACCAUCACGGUGGAUGCAUCAGGAGCAGUUCCCUUGAUUCAGCAAGCCGUCGAGUUCACGGCCAAUCAGGGAAAGAUGAUCCUCGUCGGUGUCCCGCCAAUGGACGCGGCCCUGCAAAUUGCCCUAGUUCCAUAUAUAAUGUCGGGAAAGUCGAUUUUAGGAUCAAUGGAGGGAGGCGUGUUCCCUGAAAAGUAUGUACCGAAUUUGAUCCAGUGGUACAAGGCCGGAAAACUCCCCGCCGAUAAGCUGGUCAAAUUCUAUGCCGCCAAAGAUUAUCUUCAGGCGAUUAAGGACAUGGAGGAUGGCAUCACCGUCAAACCAGUACUAGUCUGGUGA